UGCGCGCGCUGCUGAGCUCCAGGAAUGGAGGGAGGCUUGCUAGGCCGCACCGUUUGUAUUCUGACUGGAGCUUCUCGGGGCUUCGGCCGCGCCCUGGCCCCGCUGCUGGCCCGGCUGCUGUCGCCCGGUUCGGUGCUGCUCCUGAGUGCACGCAGUGAGUCAGCGCUGCGGCGGCUGGAGGAGGAGCUGGGCACACAGCAUCCAGGCCUGCAAGUGGUGCGGGCAGCAGCCGACCUCUGCACCGAGGCCGGCGUGCAGCAGCUGUUGUUCGCGGUGCGCGAACUCCCCAGGCCCGAGGGCCUGCAGCGCCUGCUGCUCAUCAACAAUGCAGGCACUCUUGGAGAUGUUUCCAAAGGCUUCCUGAACGUGACCGACCCAGCUGAGGUGAACACUUACUGGACUCUGAACCUGACCUCCAUGCUCUGCUUGACCUCGGGCACCCUGAAUGCCUUCCCGGAUAGCCCUGGCCUCAGCAAGACCGUGGUUAACAUCUCGUCUCUGUGUGCCCUGCAGCCCUAUAAGAGUUGGGCGCUGUACUGUCCCCUGGACACAGACAUGCAGCAGUUGGCUCGAGAAUCCUCCAAGGACCCAGAGAUAAGGAACGGACUGCAGAAGCUGAAAUCGAAUGGGAAGCUGGUGGAUUGUGGGACAUCAGCCCAGAAACUGCUCAGCUUGCUGCAAAAGGACACCUUCCAGUCUGGAGCCCACAUAGAUUUCUAUGACAGUUAA